AUGAGAAUCUUGUCACUUUCCCUUGGCCUUGCUGCCAUUGCCCUCGUCGCAGCUCAAGCUGCCGACCCUAUGGCCGCGACCGGUGCCCAGAACAAUUAUAAGUGGGCUCCAGAAGCAAGCGAUCAGGAUCUUGCUGAUGAAGUUGAGGAUAUUUCCAGUUUGGUCUCGGAGAUCGAGUUCCGUGCCAAUAUCUUGUCGCGUCUUGAGCAAGAGCCAUCAGCUGACUUUAAGGCAGAAGGAGACUGCGAGAGUUUGACGGCUGUAAUCCAGACCGCCCUUUCAGCCAUCAGCGGACUCUUGGGUACGGUUGAAGUUCCGCCUUUCGCAGGCUCGAUUUUGGGCCGCCUUCAAAAGACCAUUGGUCGUCUUACUGAUAUGAGCUCUGCCAGUGGCGGUUCGGUUACCCCCAUCACCUACGCUUUUGAAAGUCUCAUUCAGAUCCUCAAGGGAGUCGUCUCUAUCGCUCCUCUGCAGUUCAUUGCAAAGCCCAUUCUCGACGACCUAACCAGUCUCCAAGGAAGUCUUGCCCUCUUUUCCCAGUGUGGAGCGGGAGGCAGUAAGAUUGCGAUCGAGCCCUCGUCGUGCUUUGCCCUGGCCGAUAUUUACCGUGGAGUCAUCCAGGAUGCUGCUGGCGACAACCCGGCCCUGAAUCUGCCCGCAGAUGCAUCGGAGGAUCUCAGGCGGUUAGCCAGUGGCUCGUUGACAAUCCUCGACUUAAUUGGCAAGAACUCGAUUGCUGCUACCAACGAGGCACUCCUGGCAUCUCGCCCCAUCUUUGCCGCCGACAUCUUGGACCAGUACCGCAUCGAGCUUAUCCGUGCCACGACGGACGACAAGAUCAAGGGAUACGCUGUUGCAUCGCUGGGCACUGUUGUUGGCGUCUCGAAUGCGUUGGAGGCAUGUUUGCGCGUCGCUGCUGACCCCGUUGCGGCCAUUGACGAGCUCAAUGAGGAGUUGGAGGUCCAGGCUCUCUAUGACGACGAGGAUGAGGGCGAAGAUGAGGGUGAAGAUGAGGAUGAGAAAUAA